UUAAAAGAAGGAAGGGAUAGGAGAUGCCGAAUUAGGUAGGAGGGAACCAUCUCCGUAGGGUGAGGUGUUAUUUUCUCCUCACCUCCCUUCAUUCUUCUUCCUCUCCCCUCUCCUAUAGAUUCAUCCACCUCUUCCUCCCCUCGCCAAAUCCUAACCCUAGUUUUUCGUCGGAGAGUGGAGAGAGUAAUAGAGUUGAGGGGGGAAUGGCGGACAGAGUGUUUCCUUCCUCCAAGCCGAACCCUCAGCCGCCCCAGGCCGUCAACGGCAGCGGAGGGCCGCCGUCGUUUCCGACGACCAAGGCACAGGCGUAUGGCGCCACGCGACCCCGCUACCGCCCCCAGCCCAUGAAGCCUCGCCGCCGGAGCAGCCGGAGUUGCUGCUGCGCCUGCUGUCUCUGGCUCACUCUCAUCCUUAUCGCCCUCGUCCUCCUCGCCGCCAUCGCUGGCGGCGUCUUCUACUUCCUCUACCGCCCCCGCCGCCCCGACUUCACCGUUUCCUCCCUCCGCCUCGCCGCGCUCAACGUCACCGCCUCCAACCAUCUGGCCUCCCGCCUCGACCUCUCCGUCACCGCCCGCAAUCCCAACAAGAAGCUCGUCUACCUCUACGACCCCAUCUCCAUCGCCGUCUCCUCCGGCGGCGUCGACGUCGGCGACGGGUCCUUCCCGGCUUUCGUCCACGACACCAAGAACACCACCAUUCUCAAGACGACCGUGUCGAGUUCCGGCGAGAGCGUGGACCCGUCGGCGGCGGCGGAUCUGAAGAAGAAGAGCAAGCUGCCGCUGGAGAUCGAUCUGGAGACGAAGGCCGGGGUGAAGAUCGGGGGACUCAAGACCAAGAAGAUCGGCAUCAAGGUCCACUGCGAGGGUAUCGACGUCGCCGUGCCCAAGGGGAAGACCGCCCCCUCCCCGUCUUCCCCUGACGUCAUGUGUAAGGUCAAGCUGCGUAUCAAGAUCUGGAAGUGGACUUUCUAGACGAAAUUUUUGCUUGGUUCCAAAGAGAAUGCUUCAAAAAGGAAAUGGACAGUUUAUGGUACUGGUGUGUAAAAUUUAGGAAAAAUUGGGGUAAACAAAGGUUUGAUACUUGUUUUUGUUCAGUUAAAUCCGGGCGGGGAUAUUAUUUGUAUUUCUUGUACUCCGACUGCGAUGUAAUUUUCUCUUCUUCUUUUCUGUUUAUUUGUUGUGGAAUUGUUGUGAGUUCUAUAAUAAUAAUGAGCCGAAGGAAACUUGGGACACUGUUGCCCUC